CCAGCCACAUUAAGCUUCAAUUGUUUUGGAGAAGAGAGAUCAAGAAUGAGGAGUGAUCAAGCACGUUUGAAUUGUGGGAUAACCAUUCCCCUUAUUGGAAUGGGUACUUAUUCCUUCCAAAACCAUAAGGAAACCACUGAGCAAGCCAUCCAUAUGGCUCUCCAGAUGGGUUAUAGGCAUUUUGACACGGCCAAGAUAUAUGGUUCAGAACCAGCUGUUGGAAAUGCUUUAAGACAGGCAAUUGAGGAAGGAAUUGUCGAAAGAGAAGACGUUUUUGUGACAUCUAAACUAUGGAGCAGCGAUCACCAUGAUCCUGUUUCAGCACUCAAACACACUCUAGAGAACAUGGGCAUGGAGUAUCUAGACAUGUAUUUGGUUCACUGGCCAUUGAAGCUGAAGCCUGGGGUUUGUUAUCCAGUGCCCAAUGAAGAAGACUUUGAGCUGUUGGACCUUGAGGCUACGUGGGCCGGAAUGGAGAAAUGCCUGGAUAUGGGCCUCUGUAGGAGCAUUGGGCUAAGCAAUUUCUCUAGCAAGAAGACAGAAGACUUACUAAAUUUUGCCUCUGUUCCUCCUGCUGUUAAUCAGGUACUUAAAACUGAAUUACCACUUUAAUAUUCACAUUCUUAUUCCCAAAGGAAUGUGCAAAUAGCACAUCUUUUGAAGGAACUAAACCCCAUUUUACUAAAACAAUGUCCCUAAUCAAAUGAGGUAUGCAUUAUUAUGUAUACAGGUAGAAAUGCAUCCAAUGUGGAGGCAAAGAAAGCUUAGACAAGUCU